UCUGAGAUGAGAGAGAAAGUCUGCUAGCUAGUAAACUGCAUCUGUCACCAGCAAGACUCACUUCAAUACAGCAAGCAGGGUACUGAACAAACCUACUGAACUGUAGCACAUGACUACUAAGAUUUUUAAAGUUGAUCCUAUGUGGGUGGUUGACAAGAUCCGUAUAUCAGUAGAGAAAACUAAUCUGCUCCUUCCUGCGACGGAAUACAGCUUCAAAAUUGGAAGCAUGUUUGGAGAAAAAGCUCCUACUAAUAAAGCCAAGAAAGCCACCCUGUGUCCCAACAUCAUCACUCCGGACACCAUUCCUGAGUUCUGCAUCCCACCGAAAAUCUCAAGUCCACUGGAGGCGAAGAGUGUGGAGCAAGGAAAACCAACUCCGUGCAUCACUGUUUCUUGCAGUGAAAGUUACAGCCCAAAGAAAGAGAUUCCCUUCCGAGAACUGAUCAGUAAUCACAUCAUACAAGUCGAGAGUGUGGAUGAUGGGCCAUGCAACAGAGCUUGUAGUGAUGAGGAGAACACCAAUGCGGACCCCCACAGCCAGGCUGCUCUUUCUCUGCCCCAUCUGGCCAAAGCCCAGACAUGCUAUGGCUUCUGCACACUACUAGAGAGCCCCCACACCAGAAGAAAGGAGUCCCUGUUCCACAAUGAUCCAAAUUCCUGUAGAAUUCCCUUGGUUCUACCCAGGAGCAGGUCUAAUACCUGCUCCAGAUCUUCUUCAGCUCCUGUUUUUCCAGCCGCCACCUCACACACCUCCUUCUGCCUGAACAACUUAACCUCCAGACUGUCAUGGAAUGGCUUUGGUCUGCACAGGCAGGGCACGCAGGACAGUGACACCACCUCAUCAGCCGAGUCCUCACCAUUCAGCUCUCCUCUCCUGACCAGAUCACUACCCAAACCCUCCCUCUUCAAAACACUCAGCCAUGAGAAGCUACUCUACCGUAAUAUCCGGAAGACCACCGUUUCCAGGAACAACUCCCUGUCAACGGAUGAAGCAAGCUCCACAGAUAACAGCCCUAAUGUCAUGAGGAGGUCGUCAGAGGUACUCAUAGAACCUCUUUCCUCCAGCUUUGGCCUGGCACCUCCUGCCAUCUUCCCCUUGGACUUGGUUCUGCACAGAGAACGGGUGAUGAAGGAAAGCCUGGUGUCAGUCGGAAGGGAUGGAACUCUGCGUCUUUCAGCAGAAUACUGUCCAGAGAACCAGAGACUCCGGGUUCGACUAAUCAGCGCUGAGGGGCUGUACUCUCUUUCUGUGGACCCUAAGAGCAUCAACUGCAGCAUCAGUCUUUCCCUAAUGCCUGGGAAAUUCCAGAAACAGCGCAGCACUGUCAUUAGGAAGAGCCGUAAUCCGAUCUUCAAUGAGGACUUUUUCUUUGACGGCAUUACAGAGGAGGACCUCAGCCACUGGUCACUGAGGUUUAAAGUCGUCAAUAAAAUGUCCACCAUGAAAAGAGACUAUAUUUUGGGCAGUUGUGAUCUUCCUCUCACUUGUAUUGUCAGCUUAUAAAACGAAUAAUGAACUUACUUACUAUAUUUAUUUGAUUUGUUAACAUUCAUUAUUUAUUUGCAGUUUUAUAAUGCCAAAGAUUUUUAUUUCUAUUAAAAAGUUGAAAAGCAAAAUUGCUUCCAUGUUUC